AUGGCCUCAAGCAGCCACAGAGCCUCUGCAUCUCCUACUUCAGCUGAGUCACCAGAUUAUUGGUGGAAGUACGAUGUGUUUCUUAGCUUCAGGGGUGCAGACAUUCGUGACAAUUUUCUCUCCCACUUAUACCAUGAAUUGCAAAAAAUAAGAAGCAUAAAUACAUUCAAGGAUGACAAAGAGCUUGAAAUAGGGGCCCCUAUUUCUCCAAGUCUCCUAAAGGCAAUUGAAGAAUCAAGGCUUGCGAUUGUUGUUCUCUCCCGGAACUAUGCUUCCUCUAGUUGGUGUUUGGAGGAACUCACAAAGAUCUGUCAAUGCAUGAAAGACAGCAAUAGAAUUCUGCCAGUAUUUUAUCAUGUAGAUCCCUCUGAGCUACGAUAUCAUAAGAGGAGUUUUGCAGAAGCUUUCACUAAGCGUAAAACGUCUAAGAAACACAUAAAGAAGGUGAAGCAAAAGAAGGUGCAGCAAAAGAAAGUGCAGCAGUGGAGAAAUGCUUUAAUUAAAGUGUCCAAUUUCUCUGGGUGGCAUACACAGAAUUAUAAGACUGAAAGAGAACUUAUCGAAGUCAUUGUGGAGUUCGUGUGCAGUAAGGUGCGAUCUGUUUCAUUGUCCCCGGGGCAUUUUAUAGCAUUUGGAACAACUAGAGAAGCCAUGAAUGAAGUCAUGGAGGCGCUUAAAGAUGAUCAAGUCACUGCCAUUGCGGUGUACGGAAUGGGAGGCGUUGGGAAGACAACUAUGGUGGAACAUGUUGGUGUUCAAGCCCAAAAUAAUGGGACUGUUAAUCAUGUGAUAAUGGUUAUCAUAUCCCAAAAGCCCAACUUGAAAAGUAUACAAGGCACAUUGGCAGAUCUGCUGGGUUUGAAACUGCGGAAUGAGUCGACAAUUGGGAGGGCCCAAGAAGUGAAGGGGGAGAUAAUGAGGAGAAAAAAUAUCCUUUUCAUCCUCGACGAUAUUUGGAGCAGAAUAAAGUUGUCAAGCAUAGGGAUUCCCAGCUAUUACGAGCUUCGAAAAUGCAACUCCAAAGUUCUACUCACCACUAGGAUACUGCAUGUUUGUCAUUCCAUGGAGAUCCAACGAAGUAUUCCUCUCAAUAUUUUAUCAGAAGAAGAUUCUUGGAAUUUGUUGGUGAAAGAAGCAAGAAAGUGUUUUGAAACUUCAGCUGAAUUUUAUGAUGUAGCCCGGAAGGUAGCUAGUGAGUGUGCUGGUCUCCCUCUUGCGUUGACAACAGUUGCGAGGGCACUAGGAGAUAAAGAUUUUGAAGAAUGGAAAGAAGCAGCUAGACGACUUGAGAUGUCUCAACGUGCCAACAUAGAUGAUGAUGGAGAUGUGUUUGAAUGUUUCAAAUUAAGCUACGAUUACUUGAACAAUGAUCAUGUCAAGUCAUGUUUCUUGCUCUGUUGCCUAUUCCCAGAAAAUUCUGAUAUCCCAAUAGAAGACUUGGUGAAGUACGGGUUUGGGAAAGGAUUGUUUCGAGAUGUCAACAACACACUAGAAAAUGCCAGAGUCAUAGUAAAUUCGGCUACGAAAUGCCUUAAAGCUGCUUGUUUGCUUUUGGACAGUACAAAGGAUGGUUGCAUAAGGAUGCAUGAUGUUAUUCGAGAUGUGGCCAUGUCAAUUGCAUUGUCUGAAGAUGGUCAUGGCUUUUUUGUUAAAGCUCACUCUGAAUUGAAAGAGUGGCCGAUGGAUGAACAUGAGAGCUACUCAGGAGUCUCGCUGAUAGAAAACUACAGUUGCAAUCUUCCCGAAGAGUUGGUAUGUCCAAACCUCCAGAUUUUAUUACUUAAAGGUACUAAAUCAAUAACAAAGAUACCAAAAUCAUUUUUUCAAAGUUCAACUGCAUUGAUGGUCUUGGAUCUUAGUGAUACUAGUAUUUCUUCACUACCCCCAUCAUUUAAUCUUCUAACAAACCUUCAAGCUCUGUACUUGGAUUAUUGCAAGUCACUAAUUGAUAUAUCCAUACUUAGAGCACUGAAGAAACUUGAAAUUCUCAGUAUGAGAGAAUAUCCCAACAAAGAGUUUCCUAAAGAAAUAGGAUACUUGACUUGUUUAAGGAUGUUAGACAUCACAAAUGGAGAUGUUGAUACAAUUCCAUCUCAAGUAAUUUCAAGGUUGCUUAGAGUAGAAGAACUGUACUUGCAGUGUGAGUUUGGGGACUGGACUAGUAAAGAUGAGGGAUGCUGUUCUUUCUUUUUUGGUAAAAAUGGUGGCUUCCUGGAUUUAACUAGCUUGUCAUAUUUAAAAAUUUUGGAGGUCUCCAUAGCUGGUGCAGAUUGCUUGCCUACAAAUAUUGACUUGGAUCCAAAUUGGGAAAGCUUUUACAUACAUAUCAACAGAAACAACAACAUGAGAAGAUCCACUCUGGAACGUGACCGUCCACAUUAUCAUUCAAGAUCCCUGAGUCUUGACACAACCAUGACUACACUACCGGAUUGGUUCAUUAACCUGGUGACAAAGAAAGCAGAGACAUUGUCUUAUGUUGAGUGCAAGGGUUUAAAUAGCAUUCUCGUGGAACAUGACCACGGGAGACUACACAGAUUGAAGCGGCUCACUGUGUUUGAUGACAUAAACUUGGAAGAGUUCUUCAACCUGACAACAAGGGUUUCAACAGAACCUGUGUUCCAGAGCUUAGAAGAAUUGCAUCUCAUUAGCAUGUUUUGCCUGAAGGAGUUAUGUGUUGGUGAACUACCAGUUGGAUCUUUAUGCACUCUGAAGAUAUUGGAGAUAAGAGGUUGUCGUAAUUUGGUGAACGCACUUUUACCGUUAGAAUUGUUGCAGAGACUACAAAGUCUGGAAAUAAUUUGUCAUAGUUCAAGUCAAAUAGAACAUGUGUUUGGUUUUGAAGGGGUGGAGCCAGAAAAGAUUAUCUUGAAAAAAUUUAGAGAAAUGAGAUUGUAUGAUCUACAUAAACUGAUAAGCAUAUCGAGCGGUCCUGCUCCACAGGCAAUCUUCCAUAAUCUUAGAAGUUUGGCACUGAACGGGUGCAAACUAAAGUAUCUUUUCACAAUUGAUGUAGCACAGUAUCUUUUGCUAUUGGAAGACCUUUGGCUACAGAAUUGCUAUAAGUUGGAAGGAGUUAUUGAAUCAAGAGAAGAAACAGUGAACAAUAAAAUGAUCAUCUUUCCAGAAUUGAAGAGCUUACAUUUGCAAGAUCUUCCACAUAUGAAAUGGUUCUGCAGUCCUACUAAAAGUGCUACUAAUCCAAAAGAUACCGAAUGCCCUUCAUUACAACACUUGUAUAUGCGUGACUGCCCUCAUCUGUCACUCACUGCUUCUGACUUCAACACCAGAAACCCUGUACAAAUCAAUAACGAGAAGCAGAGGUCGUCUAUGUACAAAAGUACAGAAAGUGAUGGAUGCUACUGCGUGCUGGACUUUACCAUUGUUGGGUUUCUAAAGUUAAAUGUAGAUGGAGCUGUUGGUUCUACCUCCAUGACUAGGGCUGUAAAAGUGAUUGUUCCAAACCAUCUUGACGGUGAAGUGUGA